AUGUAUUUUAAACAAAGCGGCAUGAAUCAAUAUUUAGACAAAACAUUACAACAAGAUAUCGAAACAAGAUGGAAUUCGAAAUUAUAUAUGUUGAAAUCUAUUUAUAACCAAUAUGAUGACAUCGCCAAUUUUUUAUCAUCCAAGAGAGAUAUUUAUAAAAUGGAAAACUUGGAGAAAUCUAUUUUAAAAAAUUUGAUUGAUAUUUUACAUCCUUUUGAUAAAGCUACUAAAGAACUAGAAGGAGAUAUUAAUCCUACUUUAUAUAAAGUACUGCUAUGCUUUAAUAAUAUUCUUCACGAGGAUUUAAAUGAAACUUUUCAAAACAAUGAAAUAAAACAAAUAAAAACCAAUUUAAAAAUUUUUUUAUUAUCUAAAUUUAAAAUCGAUAUUUUGCAUAAAAUAGCGACAUUUUUAUGCCCCAGAUAUAGAAAAUUAAGAAUGUUAUCAUCAAUGGAAAUAUUAGAAGUGAAAAAUUCAGUCAAAAAUAUAAUUAAUUCUGAAGAAUAUUGUAAGCCUUCAAUUGAUAUUAUAGAUUUGGAUAUACAAGGCGUUUCUCAAAUUGUGGAAUCUCCUAAAAGAUCUAAAGGUACAUUUAAAAUUGUUCUAUUUAUCUUUAUAUAUCAGACAAUGAAUAUGAAAGAUGGGAGGACAAUGAGGAAGAAUUUGAAAAAAAAAGAAACAGAUGAGCUUGAAAUUUAUAAGAAUUUGAAUAUAAAAGAGAAUAUAGAAAAUAUAGAUCCAGAAAAAGAUAUAUUAAAAUGGUGGAGCAAAAAUGAAAUUAGAUUACCAAAGAUGACGAAAUUGGCUAGAAAAAUUCUAGCUAUUCCUGCAACGUCCACAACGUCAGAGAGAACUUUUUCAAAAAAUGGAAGGCUAUUAGAAGAAAUAGACUGA